AUGGCUUGGUCGUAUAUCGUUAUAGUCUCUUUCGCGUUGAUUGUUUUCCCAACUUCUGCUCAAGAACAUGACGUAAGUAUGCCACUUCGAAAAUAUUUUUAUUAUUAUUCUUGUAGUGAAAUUUUUAUAUUAAACAUGAUUUUUUGAUUAAUUUUAAUCCCAUUCUAUAUGUUUCUCUAUCUGGCUAGUGGAAAGUUAGGCCCGCGAAUUAACCUAUAUAAAUACCAACAAAAAAAUGAGUAAGUUAUCAGUAAACCCAAUUACCGACACCUCAACAGGUAGCGAAUUUGAUAUCAAUGUUGAAUUGGUAUAGCUUAUUAAAGAAACCGACAGCACAUAACAAUAAACAUUAUUUUCAGACUAGAGGCAGUAACCAGAAGAAGCAAGUAUUGGUGGUUCUAAACCAGGAAAAGUCAUUCUUAGCACAAAAUGUAAAAUCCGAGUUAAAAACUAUGAAAUUGACAUUUGAUACAAAACUCGCAAAACCGAGUGCUAUAUGUGACACCGCUCACAAAGUAAGUCAAAAGUACAAAAUAAUGCAAAACAUAAUGAUUAGAAUUCAGAAAACUACAAUUUUGCCAUGCUACUUUACGACAUGGAUGGCCAAAUACCUGAACUAUGCCCGUAUAAACCAUCUAACAAACUUUUUCCGUUUCUGAUGCUUCAUAAAGUAAGUGCGGAACCCCUAAAAGUAACGUAUGUUAUUUUAAAUAGUUUUUAACUGUUACCUAAAAAUAUUAAAAAAAUUAUUAAUCAAACAUUAAUGAACCUAUAAAUAUAGGCUUAUAAUUUAUAUCCAAAUAAAACUCCCUCCCAUCUUUCCUUACUUUAGUUCAAUUUCAACAACGAAACGAUUCGAGAUGGAGUCCAAGUUCAUAACCAAGUAUUCGAUAUGUUAGUGUUGUAUUCAUCUUCCGGAACUGCUUCUACAUAUGCGUCUAAAGCAAGUUUGAAAAACUAAAUUUCAUCAAAAUAACCAAUAUUAAACAAGGUUUUUAAAACAACGAAUAAAGAAAAUUAUUUUCAGAACGAUCCAGAGGUUGAAUUGAGUUUAAUAAGACAACUAAUACUCCUAACUGCUUUUGCAGCAAAACUCAAAAUUGUGAGUUAUCUUUAA